AUGAUCAGAGGACACAACCCCAGAACCGGCUCCUUCAAUUCCAUCUCCCGUCCCUAUCUCCCCUCCAUCGAUGAGAACGAAAUAGCAUCCACGCCCUCAUCCCCAGACCCUCCAACUCCUCCUCCCCUCCGCAUUCCCAGAAAGUCCCCUCGCCGCGCUCUCCGCAACAACGGUCUUCCGCCGGCUUAUAUACCUCGCCCGAGAGUUUACUACGCCCCGCCCGUGGCGCACUACUCCCCGCCGAGCUACGCCUACGCUGAGACCAAAGGCAGGUUCAUCGAGCAUGAUAGUGCUUACGAGGGGAGUUAUAGAGAGAGGAGGUUCUGCGGGAUUGAUAAGCGCAGGGGCUAUUGUCUGUUGGUGAUUGGGCUGGCGAGUUUGGCUGUCGUUGCGAUUGCCCUGGGUAUUGGUCUGUCGAUUGGGUUGAACGAUGACCAUCAACGUCCAGCACAAGAGUCGUCAGCUCCAGAGCCUACACCCAAGUUCCCGGCUGGUUCAUUUGCCUUUAGAGCAGAUCUCCAGAACACAUCUACAGAAUGCACCUCUAACCCAUCAACAUGGCGCUGCUACCCGUACACAAAGGGAUCUUCAGCGACAUUCUUCUGGAUAAUCUCCCCCAACGGUGACGACUCAUACAACAUUUCGUCUACAGAGAACCCCUUUGCGCCAUCCUUCGCAAACCUCACGCUCAAGAUGUUAGACAAGGACACGUCCAAGGAGCGUCUUCAAUUUUCCUUCUCUACGGACAAGACGGUUGUCCCGGACGAUGACCUCUCGUCAAGCAACCGCGCAGCUAAAUGUACAUUUGCCGAUACGCUCCUUGAGGCUACUCUGUGGACGCAGGGCGGCGAUGGAUCUGACAGUAGCAAGUUUGCAGAUUGGCCGGGAAAUGUUGAGAUUGUGCAGCGUAAGACAUUCGAUGGUGGAUCACCUACUUGUGUGGAUAGUGAGGGUGGUAACGUGGGUGAUGUAACAUCUGCCCCUGGAGCUUGCGAGUGCCGUUAUGCCAACUAUGACACCAACUAA